AUGGAUUUCAUGGCGAUUCUCACUUCUUUAGUUGGGAUGCUGGCUGUGAUUUGGUUGUCGUGGAAAGUCAAGAAAUCAAGAAAUAUUAAUGCUAAACUGCCACCAAGUCCCUGUGGCUUGCCUCUAGUCGGAUACCUUCCUUUCCUGGGCACUCAUCUUCACAGGAAAUUCACGGAAUUGGGAGAAGUCUAUGGUCCUAUCUACAAGCUUUGGCUCGGAAACAAAUUAUUUGUUGUAGUGAGCUCGCCAUCGCUGGCUAAAGAAGUGGUUCGUGACAAUGAUACAGUUUUUGCUAACCGUGAUGCAUCCAUCGCUGCAAGGGUGAUCACACAUGAUGCAAACGAUAUCGGUUGGUGCCCCUAUGGUGCUAAAUGA